UUUAAGGGCAAACAGGUAUGGGAUGCUCAGGAUGCAGAUGCUCAGUCAAGCGUAGAACUUGCAGAUGGGUUAACACCAGUGUUUUUAGCUCAUCUGCUGCCCGCUGGGGUGCCAUAGGAUACAUCCAGCAUGGGUGACCUGCUAGGAAUAGAUAACUUGGUGGCCAACACCACCUACCUGAAGGCCCAGCAGAUCAAUCACAAUGAGCUGAAAAAAAGGAGACUCUCUCUCGCACUGCCAAAGCCAAAGGCCUCUGCUCUCCAGACAGCAGAAGGAGAGGGAUAUGAGUCACUUUGUGAGCUACAGCCUAUCGGGAGGAAGUUGUUCCAACAGUUUCUCUUGACCUCCAUUGAUCCGUAUGUGGCCGCUGCCGAGUUCCUAGAAGAGCUGAGCAGGUGGCGUUUUGCUGAAGAUGAAAAAAGAGAAAAAGCCAAACAGACGAUCCUCACCAAAUUCUGUCAGCCUCAGUCUAGGAGAUUCCUCUCCUACCUCACAGGAGAGGAAGCUGAAAUCUGCAAGGAUUUAUCAGACAGUAACUUUGAUGAGGUGAUUUUUGACCAGCUGAGAGAAGCCACAAGGGAGUUCUUGAAGGGAAAACCUUUCUUGGGGUACCUGAAAAGCCCGUUCUUUUACAGGUUUCUGCAGUGGAAGGAGUACGAAAAGCAGAAGAUCACUAACAAAUACUUUUAUGAGUUCAGGACUUUGGGAAAAGGUGGCUUUGGUGAGGUGUGCGCGGUGCAGGUGAAGCACACAGGUCAGAUGUACGCCUGCAAGAAGCUGGAUAAGAGGCGUUUAAAGAAGAAAGGUGGUGAGAGAAUGGCCCUCCUGGAGAAGCAGAUUCUGGAGAAGGUCAACAGCCUCUUCAUUGUUAACCUGGCUUACGCUUACGACAGCAGCACCCACCUGUGCCUGGUCAUGGACCUGAUGACUGGAGGAGACCUCAAGUUUCACAUCUAUGACUUAGGGCGGAGAGGCAUCCGCAUGGAGCGUGUUGUUUACUACACGGCCCAAAUAACCACGGGCCUCCUGCAUUUGCACAAUAUGAGCAUUGUGUACCGAGACAUGAAGCCUGAAAAUGUGCUGUUAGAUGGUAAAGGACAGUGCCGCCUGUCAGACCUUGGAUUGGCUGUCGAGCUGCCAAAGGGCAAAAUGAACUGCCAGAAGGCUGGUACGACUGGCUACAUGGCUCCUGAGGUACUGAAGCAGGAAUACUACCGCUACUCUGUGGACUGGUGGUCCUUGGGGUGCAGCAUUUAUGAGAUGGUGGCUGCCCGCUUGCCUUUUAGAGACUUCAGAGAAAAGGUGCAGACUGCUGAGGUGACUCGCCGCACCCUGGAGGACGAGUGCAAGUUUGAACACAAAUGCUUCGAUGCUCCCACCAAAGAUAUUAUCAGCGGCUUUCUCAAGAAGAGGGUGGGCCGUCGCUUGGGAUGCCGCGGGGAUGACCCACGAAGCCAUGAGUUUUUCAAAAGCAUCAACUUCCAUCGACUGGACGUGGGCCUGCUGGAGCCCCCCUGGGUGCCAAAGCCUAAUGUGGUCUAUGCCAAAGAUGUGGACGAGUUCAAGGACACCUCUGAGAUCAAGGACGUCAAAUUUGACACCAAGGAUGAGAAGUUUUUCAAGGAGUUCAGCACAGGGGCCGUUUCCGUGCAGUGGCAGAAGGAGAUGAUUGACAGCGGCCUGUUUGAGGAGCUAAACAACGGCAGCGUGAGCCAACACAACUGUGAGACUGCGUGGAAAACCAGGCUGUGCAUCGUUUUGUAAGCACCCCCCCCCCAAUACGAUCGAUGUGUGCAGGAGGAAUUCUGAAUAGUUGAAAACGCACAAAUGUCCUUAAAUUCAAGUGCCUUCAAUUAUGUGCCUCAGAAAGCUAUCUAAGCAUGCCUUUUUCCUUAGCCUCAGUAUAUUUCCCCACAUAAAUAAUUUCAUUAUGCUGCCACAGCCAAACAUAAUAGGACAUUAGUAGCUGCAGUAAAAUAAACUCAGUAUUAAUGCCCAGAUGGAAAACAUGCUGACAUUGUACUGCAGCUGCGGCUUUAUACUUUGCCCUCUAUUCCUGGUGAGACAGCAGAUCCCAGUGCAUUCAUAGUUUCCAUUACAUCACUCAGCCAUUUUUGGCAGGCAAGUGUUUACACGUGUUUGUAAACAAGCUUCAUAACUGUUGUGUGUCACUGACCAGUGGCGGUGUUAUCAUCGGCGUUUGCGCUAAUGUGCCACCUUUUCUAAUAGCGACCCACAUUUCACACGAGGACUCUGAAGGGGCCUUUUUCUCACGAGGGAGGACGAGCUCCUGCAGCCUCGCGCUGAUGAAGUCUCUCAGUGCACCACUGAGUGCCGCCAGACACUAACGGAGCUCGCUCAACCUCCCGCGGCACUCAUCAUCAUCAUCCCCAUUAUCCCAUGCUGCUCUGGUAUUUACAAGCACUGGAUGACUCUUUCACUAAUUUUAACGAGGGACGGAGGGAGACAAAUUGUCGUAGACGCACAUAGUUUUUUCCACUUGAAAACAUGUUAACAUAGAUUUUCUGGCACUAACAAGCCAAUGCCAGACCCCUUUACAACCCCCUUCAAAUCAUUCUUUGUUUAGCACCAACCCAAACUACUUAGUGCACAGCAACAACAACAAAAAAAAACAUGCUGUUUAUGAAAACCUUUCACACACGAGUUGCCAUUGUGGAUCCAUAGUUUCCCCUGAUUCAUGACUAAAUUCUCAGGUUGCAGUAAAUCCACAGGCUGUUGCUGCUAAUCAGUAGUUGCAGAAUCUGCAGAUUUUAGGCAUUUUUGCCUUUAUUUUUGGAUUCAUUUUUACUUUUAAAUAAAUGUGCACUUUAAUUUCACUAGUGCCACAUAAUGAAAAACAUGUUUUGUAAUGCAUCUCUGAACCCAGAAAUGUGCUUUUUAUGCAGAUUAAGUUAUGUGUUCUUAUAUUUUC